ACACCCUAUAUUUUCCAGUUAUGGUAAAUUUCUUAAUAAUGUGGAAACAGUAAUAAUCACCACAGAGGAAGGACCUCCUUCAUUUUCCAGCUGUAAACAUCUCAUUAUGACACCAUUAUACAGACAAAUUGCUAACAAGCUUUCGAUGUUCCUUCAACAGACCUGUUUGUUCUUUUAAGAGGAUGCACUGGGUGACAGAGCUUCUACUGCCUGGGAAAAUGAGGACGCCUGGUAACAUUUCGCUGUGGAAGUACUAAUCGUGUUGGGAUUACUGCCAGCAUUGGAGUUUGUAGCGUUGGACCCAUUUUCAGUGGAUCCUCUACUGAUCAUUAGCUUUUCCUCUUGGUUUUUUCACUUCACAAGGGAUGACACAUCCUGUUCACUGAUCCUAAGCUGCCCCACACUACCCUUUUGCCCUUGCCUGUGGGACCCAGUGACCAUGCUGACCGAGUGUCCAACACCAGAAAGAUCAGAGCCCCGACCCACGCUCAGACCAGCUGUGACCUCUACAGCAACAUGUCUCAGGCAGUCGCGGCUCCACUUGAGACUAACAGCUCGUGGCCAGGAGAGGAGUCUGGGGUUCAGCUGAAAUGGGCUGCCCUGCUUAUAAUCAUGGUCAUCAUCCCCACUAUCGGCGGCAACAUCCUGGUUAUUCUUGCUGUGUCCCUCGAGAGGAAGCUGCAGAAUGCCACAAACUACUUUUUGAUGUCACUUGCCGUUGCUGAUCUACUGGUGGGACUCCUAGUGAUGCCCAUUGCUCUCAUCACUGUUCUCCACAACUCUGGCUGGCCUCUUCCUGAGUUCCUCUGCCCCAUCUGGCUCUUCCUCGAUGUGCUGUUUUCUACGGCAUCAAUCAUGCACCUAUGCGCCAUUUCACUGGAUCGCUACAUUGCCAUCAAGAAGCCAAUCCAACACAGCCAGUACAAAUCCAGGGCCAAGGCAAUGGCGAAGAUUGCACUGGUGUGGCUCAUAUCCAUUUGUAUCGCCAUCCCAAUUCCAAUUAAGGGACUCAAGAACUACCACCUUCCCAACAACAUCACCUUCAACAGUAACCACACAUGCCUGCUGAAAACCGACACCUUCAGGGAGUUUAUCAUGUUUGGCUCCUUGGCAGCAUUCUUCAUCCCUUUGACCAUUAUGAUGGUCAUCUACCUUCUCACUGUACAGGUGCUGCGCAAAAAGGUUUAUUUGCUCAAGUCAAAGGUGACUCACCGCUUUAGCUCCCCAACAGUCUCCACAGUUUUUCAGAGGGAACAGGGUGCGCCCUCACCUCAGACUGAGCAACUGAACAUGCUAGACAACAGACUUCCCAGGAUGCAAGAAAAAUCUAAUGCAGCCACAAUAAACUCUCCUACAGGAGGUGAGAUUAACUUUCGUAGAAUGUCAACAAUGGGCAAGAAGUCAAUGCAGACUCUGAGCAAUGAGCAGCGCGCCUCAAAGGUGCUAGGCAUAGUCUUCCUUCUCUUCGUAGUGAUGUGGUGCCCUUUCUUCAUCACCAACAUCACCUCUGUGUUAUGUGCCAGCUGUGAUGUUGAUGUGAUUGCCCGCCUCAUGGAGAUAUUUGUUUGGGUUGGGUAUGUGUCAUCAGGGAUCAACCCGUUGGUCUACACGCUAUUCAACAAAACCUUCAGACAGGCAUUCGCGCGUUAUAUCACUUGUAAUUACAAAAACAUUGCUGGUCACGAGCCAGGAAGCCACCCAGGGGCCUCAAAUGCAGAUUGGGCCCACACACAGAUUUCAUUCAGGUCUUCAAUGGCGGUAAACUCUAAACUAUUCAUGAAACGAGGAAUGAAAAACGGCAUUGGAGCGGUGAGCUAUCAAAGUCCGCUAAGGUGCAGACAACCAACCACACAGUUAUCCAGUUGUGUUGUGUUAGACACAAUGAUUCUGACUGAGAAUGAAGGUGGUAAGCAUGAAGAACAUGUUAGCUCUGUGUAGAUAUUAUUACUGGAAAUUAUCCAAUUAAAUAGAGAGGAGAUCAGAUUUAUGUUGCAAAAUUAUUUAUCUUUUAAAGACAAAAUGCUAAAUUCUAAAUUUAGAACUUGCUGUUGCAGAACAAAUCAUUUAAGGCGGGGACUUACUGUACACUACACAACAAAAUCUAACCUGCUGCUGAUGUUUGUGAAGCAAAACAAGGCAAUGCUACAAAAUAUGUCAAAGCAUUAACACUAUGGAUUCAAAGACAGAAAGAUAGUUCAUAUCACAAUUGCAAAGAAAAGAGUUAAAGUUCAGGCCACCAGAUGUAGGAAUGCGAGUAAUGGAAACACCAUGAAUACCUGGAAGCUCUUAUGAAUGCAGUAUACAAUGUGUAUGGGCUAUCUAAAUACGCUGUAAAACAUUUCAGACAACAUGCUUUCAUAAUCAGACAACCACAACUCAACCUUUUAAAUCUCUUCUGCAAUAGACACAUAAUGCAUUGCACUCUUGAAAUGAUACGUAUUGUAUUUGCUGGACCUUUGGGAAGUGCUUUUGUAUGUGUAUUACAGCCUGAUGGUGACAUAACAAAAAAGUAUCCAAAUAAAAAGAUGCUAUAUAAAAAAAGAACAAAACUAUAAAUAAAUGAAAUGAUUCCAAUUAAAACAAACUGCUGUCUUAAUGAACUGAAAAAAAUAAUUAUACCAGUUCAAAGUAUCUGUGUCAAUAUCAGCAAGUAGAAAUGCCUCCUCCAUGAAUGUGUUGAUACUACCUCAGAAGAUCUGCAAAUACGAUCAUUUAAAAGUGACCCCACAAACCACUACGUCUUUUGAAUAAUAAUAAGACAAUUGUUACAAAUCCAAGGGCCUAAAGAUUUAAAAGGACAAGCAAGAAAACUGUACAAAUAUCAGAAGCAAUUUCUCAAGUCCCUAUAUGCUUGAUAAUAUCAGAUAUAAGUGUUUUAAGAACAGUGCAGAUACAAAUACAGUGUAUAGGAUUUAGUGGCAAAGUGGCAUACUGCAACCAACUGAAUACCCCUUCUGGCAAUUUUUUAGGAGAACCCAAGUGAAAGGCUUUCUCUACAGCCAGUGUUUGAUCUGUCCAUUCUGGUAAUUAUAAAUUAGUUAGAAAAUAAACUUACAUUCCAUAUCAGCUAAUAGAGCCAAUAGAUCCUUUACGCUGGUUCUUUAAACAUACUCAAUUCAAACAGAGCCAACAAAAUAGCAAUUUGGAUAGGGCCUCUGAUUUUGCUAUGUGACAUUGGAGUGUAUCAAUUCUUCAUCCAUUUUUAACAAACAGGAACUCUGUUGAUUUAUUAAGAAAAUUGUAAAACAUUUAAACUUGGAGAUGUCCAAUUGUGCAAGUGAGCAUGUUGGAGGGAUGGAAGGAGUUUCCUCGAGUCAUUAUGGUGGGAAGCUGUUCUGGUUCAGAAGUCAGAAGUCUAAACACAGCAAAGAUUUACACAUGGUU